GAGAUUCGCUCUGGUGCCUAUCGACAACUAUUUCAUCCGUCCCAGCUUAUUUCUGGCAAGGAAGAUGCCGCCAACAACUAUUCACGCGGUUAUUACACUGUCGGGAAAGAGAUGGUCCGACUGGCGCUUGAUCAGGUGCGACAAGUUGCCGAGGCCUGUAGCAUGCCGCAAGGAUUCAUCCUCUUUCACUCUAUAGGUGGUGGCACAGGCGCCGGAUUCGGCUCCCUCCUCAUAAAUCAGAUGACCCAAGACUAUCGAAAGCGCACCAAAAUCGAACUUGUCGUCUAUCCAGCCCCACGACUAGCCACCUCCGUCGUGGAGCCCUACAAUGCUGUGCUGGGCACGCACGCCUGUAUCGAGGAUUCUGAGGUAGUCUUUCUGAUGGACAACGAAGCAGUAUGGGAUAUCGCUCGACGUAACCUAAACCUUCGUCGACCCACUUACACCAACGUGAAUCGCAUAUUGGCUCAGGUGAUUAGUUCACUUACAGCGUCAUUGCGAUUUCACGGCAGUCUGAAUGGUGACCUGACUGAAUUUCAAACAAAUUUGGUACCAUAUCCUCGCAUACAUUUCCCUCUAAUCACGUAUAGCCCAAUUGUGUCAGCCGAAAAAGCCUACCACGAACAGAACAGCGUAGCCCAAAUAACACGUGCUUGCUUUGAGCCAGCCAACAGUUUUGUCAAGGUUGAUCCUCGUCAAGGCAACUACAUGGCUGUGUGCAUGCUUUACCGUGGUGAUGUGGACCCUAGCAACGCAAAUCAGGCUAUUAACGGUAUCAAGUCGGCAAGGUCCAUUCGAUUUGUUGACUGGUGUCCUACCGGGUUCAAGGUGGACAUCAACUCACAACCAAUCACCGUGGUACCUGGAGGCGAUUUGGCCAAGGUAUUACGCACAUGUGCUAUGCUGGCCAACACGACAGCCAUUUCGGCUGCAUUCGCUCGGCUUGAUCGAAAGUUCGAUUUGAUGUUUCAAAAACGAGCAUUUGUUCACUGGUUCGUGAGUGAGGGAAUGGAAGAAGGUGAGUUUAUCGAAGCACGCAUGGAUCUGGCAGCUCUGGAACGCGACUAUGAG